UCGCACAUCCCUCUUCGCAUUUUCAUCGCCACGUCUCCACUCGUUUCUUCCCCCUUUCCGUUACCAUCUCUCUCGACACUUGCCUUGCACUCGAGAGGCUGUCUGCAGCGCUUCCGAGCGCCCUUCCGCUGCGUGCGUUCUCACUGCCCGGCGAGGUUCGCAACCUCUCAUCGGGUCACGCGCACUUCCGCUCAGAGUCGGAGGCCCCCCGAUCGACUCAUUCGUUCAGGCACCUUGCAAGCCAAGAUGGAAGUCGCUGGCUCUAGGCGCAGCUCACGCCAAUCCAAAGCCACAGAGAAGGCGGUGUCGCGCAGAUUGAGUGCUCGACCUUCGGGAGAGAAUCGUGCAAAGCGUCGUAUAGUCGAAUCUGCGGAUGAUGAGGAUGCUGAGGAGGCAUCGGCGGCCCAGAUCGCGUCGACUAGCAAUCUCAAGCGCGAGGGUCAUGGUGACGAACAGGAACAGACCGAAGAGGAUGAUGCGGAUGACAGCGGCUAUCAGGCAGCCGAUGCCGACAUGUCGCUCGCCUCCCAGAAGCGCCAACGCUUGGAAGAGCCAAUCGAGUUGGCGGAGGAUGAGGAUGAGGCAGAGACAAAACCUGCACCAUCAAGCACAAGGAAUGGGGCGGAUCUUACCGCAGAUGCUGGAACACUGACUUUUGGCGUGGAACAGCGCAACUCUGACGGAUACUUGCCUGGAUCCAUCGUGCGCGUCAAGCUCGAACACUUUGUCACGUACGAUGCUGUCGAAUUCUAUCCGGGUCCGCAUCUAAACAUGAUCAUCGGACCCAACGGCACGGGCAAGUCUACCGUAGUCUGCGCCAUCGCCCUUGGUUUGGGCUGGAAGCCUGCGGUGCUCGGCAGGGCUAGAGAUGUGGCCGCAUACGUCAAGCAGGGCUACGAGAACGGUACCAUCGAGAUCGAACUGAAAGGCCGUGCUGGGGGUCGGAACCUCGUAGUGAGAAGGGAGAUCACGAAGAGCGACAACAAGUCGGAGUGGUACCUCAACGGCAGCAAGACGACGCACAAGGAGAUCAUGGAGCGCACUCGCCAGCUGCACAUCCAGAUCGAGAACCUGUGCUCCUUCUUGCCACAGGACAAAGUCGCCGACUUUGCCAGGAUGCAACCUCCGGAAUUGCUGCGGGAAACUCAACGUGCCGCUGGUGAACCCAGACUCACGGAAUGGCAUGAUGAGCUCAUCAAGCUUGGUCAGGCGGAUCGAGAAUUGAAGCAGCUCAUCGAGACAGAAUCGAAAGAGAUUGAGAAUCUGCGUGAGAGGAACGAGGUCCUCCAGCGCGACGUCAGGCGAUACGAAGAACGACGAGCUAUCGAAAAGGAGGUCGAGUUGUUGAAGAUUCGCAUACCUUUUGCGCGCUAUGCUGAGAAUAAGCGCGAGUACGACCGGCUGAAGAACGUGCGCAACAAACGCAAGAAACAGCACGAGAACCUCAUGCAGGAUGCUAGGCCGGUGAUGGAUGCGCUGGAGCAGCUUCAAGACCAGAAGCAAAAACUAGAUCUGCGCUUAAAGACGCUCCACACCAACUUGACGAAGGACAUGACCGUCUUUAGGAGGCGGAGACAAGAGUGCACAGAUCUUGACAACGCCCUCAGCAACGUAGAGGAGCAACGAGACUCAGUCAAGCGACGGGUUGAAGAACGUCAAAAGCAUGUCAAGACUCUUCAGACCCAGAUUGCAGCGCUGGAGCAGGAGACGGCAGAGGAGCCGGAUGUGCAAGACACUUCGUCGUUGGAUCGAGAGCUGCGUGAGAUCAAAGAAAAGAUCCGAAGCUUUCGGCGAGACAGGGCCGAAAUUUCGCAGGCGCUCGAUGAGAUUGCGAACGAUUCGAAGACGUUGCACGCCCAGAAGACUGACAGCGUACGCAAAUUGGCCGAAGUCGAUAACGUCAAAGAAGUGAGGCUAGCCGUCUUGGCCAAAGCCGAUUCUGGGACCGCAAAGGGCGUCAAGUGGAUUCGCGAGAAUCCUGGCGCUUUCCAAGAGAAGGUGUAUGAGCCCAUCAUGCUUGAGCUUUCCGUCAGAGAUCCCGAGUCACAUGCGGACGCGGUAGAAAGUUGUGUCAAUUGGCAAAUCCAACGAACCUUUGUCUGCCAAACUCGAGCAGACUACGACUUUUUUACUAGGGAGUUGAUUGACAAGCAAAAGCUGCGGCUCAACGUCGUCGAACUUGAAGGUCAGAAGCAGAUGGAAGAGUAUCAGCGACCUUGUUCUCAGCAACAGCUCGAGCAACUCGGUUUCCACAGUUUCCUCGUCGACCUUGUCGAUGGCCCCGCGCCAAUUUUAGCUUAUCUCUGCAAAGAAUCGCAGCUUCAUACUAUCCCCGUUGCGGACGAUGAGCGACGCGUAAACGCCGAGCAGAUAGAGCGAAGCGGCAAGUUCAAGCGCUUCAUUGUGGGAAACACGAACCAUACCAUCCAGCAAUCGAAUUACGAUAAGACUGUGGCCCAAACCUUGUCGCGAGGCAUCCGAGCAGCGCGCUCUUUUAGCAUUUCCGCCAACGUGCCCGAGCGACUCCGCCUCGACAAGCUCAUGGGAGACAUUGCCAAUAAGAUGUCCAAGAACGAGGCGGAGGCGAGCAAGCUGCAAAAGAGGUCCUCUGCACUCGACAAGCAACUCGAGGGCGUGGAGAAGCGAAAGGCCGAAGUGGAGGAAGCUAGAAACGAGAUCGCCGACGCGCGAUAUGUAUGGGAAAGGGCAAAAGUCGACUUGGAGACUAAACGCAAGGCUCUGCACACUGAGCUUCGCAGGCCUACGGCCCAGGCGGAGCUCGCCAAAUUGGAUCAAGAGAUGAAAAGGACGGUUCAAAGGAUGUUGCAAAGGUCGAAAGAAGUCCAUGUAGGUGUCGGAAUCAUUGACAUCAUCACCAGGCUUGGUCACACGUUGACAUUGGCAGCGCUCCCACAGGGUCUUGUAAUGGCACAAAUGAGAGCACGCGCAGGGAUCGAUGUCACCGUUCUGGAGCAGCUUCAACACGGCGGUCAGAUUGUCGCUCUGGAAAAUCUGAUCGCCGAGAAUCAGAGGUCUCAUCGCGAGGCCAAGAGAUUGUUAGAUGAAGCGGGAGCUCGUCUAGAGCAGGGCAAGAGGAUAGCCAUGGACUCGAUGACCUACGCUCAGAGGCUGGUGGACGAAGCUGAUGCCGAGGUGAUAGAUGAGGUGCAUCGCUUGCAGAGAGAGGAUGACAGAUCUGUCGUCGAUCUGGAAGACAUGCUGGCUAAUGAGCAGGCGAAGCUCGAUCUUGUUACUGGUGUCAACGAAGGCGUGAUCGCUGCGUAUCAGGCGAGAAAGCAGCAGAUCGACCAACUUGAGAAGCAACUAUCCAGCUUGAAUAGUCGAAAGGCGAGCAACGAUCGCAAUUUGAACAAGAUUCUCCCUCGUUACGAGACUCAUUUGGACAAGCUUAUCGAGCGCAUCAAUGAGAAAUUUUCUGCUGCAUUUGAACGCAUCAACUGCAACGGUGAAGUUAAGUUGGAGAGAGAGGAGGAUUAUGCCAAGUGGGGCAUAGUCAUUUGGGUGAAAUUCAGAGCGACGGAAAAGCUGCAACCAUUGACUGGUCAGCGCCAGUCUGGUGGAGAACGUUCUCUAUCCACGAUUCUGUACCUGAUGAGUCUGACGGAGCUCAGUCGAAGCCCCUUCUCCCUCGUCGACGAGAUCAACCAAGGCAUGGACAUGCGAGUAGAAAGAAUGGUGCACGAUCAAAUGGUCGAGGUGACGUGCAAGGACGACGCAGGUCAAUACUUUUUGAUCACGCCCAAACUUCUGUCCGGUCUCAAGUAUCAUAGACGCAUGAAGAUCCUCGUCAUCAACAAUGGCGAAUGGUUGCCGGAAAAAUUUAGCUUUGAUCAUUACAUUCAGCGACAAAAGAAGCGUCGCCUCUCUGGCAAUGCAGCGGCUCGCGCAGCGGCGUGACGAGGCGUCGUCGAGGAUGGAAUGGCUCGCGCAGAAGACGACGAGCAAGUAUAUAGCAAUUCACCUCCACGUUAAUCGAAUCACAUCACUAGUGCGAUG